CCCACGGAGGGCAGUUCACGCGCCCAGCAGUGUAGAAACUGCUUUCUGCACACAACAGAAGAAGAAGAAGUCCGGAACUAAGUUAUUUGACGUCAGAAUCAGAAUCGAGUCGGCGGAGUGAUAUUUAGAUGAAGCUGUACCACGCGCUCCGUCAUGUCGGAGGGUUCAGGAGCGGGUUCGACUUCGGUGGACGGGAGGUAGCUCACUGGUUCCCCGGACACAUGGCGAAAGGACUGAAGCAGAUGAGAGCCAGCCUGAAGAGUGUGGACUGCAUCGUAGAGAUCCAUGAUGCCAGAAUCCCCUUCUCUGGAAGAAACCCUGUGUUUCAGGAGACUCUAGAUGUCCGACCCCACCUGCUAAUUCUCAACAAGAUGGACCUCGCUGAUCUGUCCAACAAGCAGAGAAUCCUGAAGAAGCUAGAAAGAAACGGUGUGAGGAAUGUUCUCUUCACAGACAGCUUAAAACAGAGAGACGACAACAUCAAAAAGUUGGUGCCAAUGGUGGUGGAAAUUAUUGAGAGCAAACCACGCUUUAACAGAGAUGAGAAUACAAAUUAUUGCCUGAUGGUGAUCGGAGUGCCCAACGUGGGGAAGUCAUCUCUUAUUAACUCAUUAAGAAGAACAAACUUAAAAAAAGGUCGUGCAUCUCGAGUAGGCGGGGAGCCGGGUAUAACUAGAGCGGUCCUCACGAAAAUUCAGGUUUGUGAGCGACCCAUAAUGCACCUGUUGGACACACCAGGAGUCUUGCCUCCUAAGAUUGAGAGCGUUGAAACAGGCAUGAAGCUGGCUUUAUGUGGAACUAUUCUGGACCAUUUAGUGGGUGAAGACAUUAUCGCUGACUACUUACUCUAUUCUCUGAACAGGCUAGGGAAGUUCAGUUAUGUGGAGAAAUACGACCUCCAAGAGCCGAGCGAUGACAUCCAGCAUGUCCUCAAACGCAUCGCUGUAAAACUUGGAAAGACGCAACGGGUCAAAGCCUUUACGGGAGUGGGGAACGUCACCAUCACCGUCCCAAACUACUCAGCAGCAGCUUACGAUUUCAUAAGAACCUUCAGGAAAGGAGAGCUGGGACAAGUGAUGCUGGACUGACCUGAGACAUUUUAACGAAGACAACCAGAGACUGUUUCUGGGUUUUACCAGUUUGUCCUCAAACUGGAAGAAAUUCUAUUUAACCACAAGUGUCAUCGAGGGAAAGUCCAUCUCUGACCUCAUGCCUCUGACAUUUUGGGGACAUGAUGCAGUCUGUUUUGUUUCUGUACCAAAUCACUGUGUCAUUUGCAAAUAAAAGAAUUUAACUUGA